CUGAGGAGUGAGUUUCACACCCGUUACACGAGGCCCCCCCCUAUCUCAACGGGCCUGGUGUAGGCCUAUGUUUACUCGUGCACAAUCACAGCAAAAUUCACAACGUAUAAUAAUGGUAAUUAACUGCAUUUUAUAAAUUGUUUUGAUAGACCUAUUGAGAACAGAAAAAUAUAGGCCUAAGACCCGCAUUCUGCCAGGGAGCCAAAACCAAGCAAAUUGAAAAUGCAAGAUGCACAGAAGCAGUGGUGUUGAAACUGGUGCAUUGUCCUUAUCCGUUCACACGUCACAUAGCAUACUGCAGCGGCCCAGGAGCAAGACAGCCUAGGUUUUGAUGUGGUCAGGAUACAUAGAAAACCACGCGUGGAAAGUAGUGUGAGAGUAAAGGAGAUUGAAGAUGUGGUGUAGCGCUGCAGGUCCAUGUGAUGUAAAGGACGCUGGGUGUAUCUUCAACGGUUGUUUGACUGUUUGUGUUUUCUAAAUCAUCAAACAACUGUGGUGUCGGAAGAGAAAAAACGUGUUGAAGGUACGGAGGGCAUAGGACGCCAUAGCAUGAACACCUAAGGGUCGCUCUCCUCUAAUCUGUUUGAAAACUUUCUUACGGAAGUCUUACGUCAAACAGUGGCUCUAGGUCACAGAAUGUAUGCUCUUUUUACUCUCAUAAACGCAUUGUCAACUCUCAUAGCGAGUGUUGAAACAAGUUCCGUGAUCUACUCUGAAGUAGGAGAGAACGUGUUUAUACCAUGCCCCUGCGAUAGGACAUGUCAUUCGAUACUAUUGAACUGGUUACGCAUCCAGCAAAACGGAUCACUGGAAAUCAUUAACACGAAUGGAGAGCGGUUCCUGACAAAUGGGUUGACAAAUGGGUUGACAGGACUUCAGAUUUUGCACGUGGACAAGUCAGACUCCGGGCGUUACUACUGCGGAGAGCAGCUCACCUAUCAGGGAUUCCAUGGCGAUGGUGUGAUUUUGCAUAUCGAAGAGGCCUCGUCAAUGGCUAACCACAAUAAAAUCAGUCCUAAAGCUAUUUUGCUGACUGAGGACCAAAGCGAUGAACAGGAAAUACAUGAUUUGGAUGAUGACAUUGGAGAACGGCGCCACAGGUUGCGUUGCGUUGUAAACGGGCUCAGCACACCAGGGGUCACUAUUACAUUCCUAUCAUCAAGGGGAGAGAAAUCUGAGGGACAAACAUGGGCAUCGUUGAUGAAGAAUAACCAAUAUUCUGUACUGAGUGCGUAUACGGUGAGAUCAGUUUGGUACAGCGGCAGACAUGAAGUCUUGGAGUAUCAUAAACAGUACGGGAGAGAGGAGACUGAAUACGAUCGGGACGUGACAGCUUGGUGGUGCGAAGUUCAAACAGGAAAGAACCGAACACUGAAAAGCAACAAAACGGUUAUUUUCCAACAGUCACACCCCGACGUGUGUUUGCCUUUACUGUAUUCAGCUGUGGCAGUAGCAGGACUGUGUGUGGUGUUCAUCAUCAUUAUCACGGCUCACGCUGUUUGGAGCAUGCGUAAAGGUAUGGCUGUUCCACAGGAUCAAUGUUCUCCCAUGCGUGACCUUCAGAUCAAAUCUAAUUUUCAGACAGAUGUGAUAUACUCCAGUGUAAUGUUCAACCAAUCAGCUGGGCCAGGUAGAAGACAGCGUGACAAACCAGUAAUCAACCCUGAAGACGAUCAGCAGUACCCUAUUCUCAAAUACAGCCGGGAGUGAACAGAGUUCACCACCCUCAUUUAAACACAAACUACACUUCAGCAAAAUGAUCAAUGAAAUCUCACCUGUAGGCAAAUAUAUUGCUACCAAAGAACGUGUAAAAUGUUACAGUAAAUAAACUCAUAUACCAUAAAGGUUCAUUGAUUACUAUAUAUUUUUGGGCUUUAUUUAAUUUAUGCUCAUUUGAAUCUUAACUGAAUUGAAGGUGUGUGGUCAGACUAACAGACAAGGAAGAGCUGACACAUCGACAGUAUCAGGCGUGUAUGUGUGACUGUGUACCUGAUUCAUAGCCACCCGGAGCAUUCAUGUUAAAAACUUCAGGGUCUCCAUCCAGCAGAGGUCCUGAUCCUCCUGGAUGAGCAGCGGGGGGGAGCACAGAGGGAUGUGGAGUUAGACACCCACAAGGCUAAUGCUGCCACUGUGCUGAGCAUCUGAAAGCUAUCAGAAGGUGUUUACCUGAGGCAGAGACAGCUGGAUCUGGAUCCUAGUCAGGGCAUUGCUCUGGUGAAGCAGUGAAUCCAGCUGGAGGACGAUCGAGCUCCAGGCCUCUUAAAGACAGCAGGCUGGAGGAGGGCCAAGGGACAGAAUUAGAUCAAGUACAAAAGGCUAAUGCUGUCACAAUGUGGAGAAUAACCACAGUAUAUCUGAAAGCCUGCUUCGUACCUCUUGAGAUUGCCGAAGCCACUGUACAUUCCCUUGUCAUCAGUCACGACAUGGAUGCUUGAGGUCAGGCCAGAUCUGUCAGGCCUCUCGACUCUCAGAAGCCCUCUGAUCCAUUUUCAUCCCUUGCAUUUUUGAUUGAUGUGACUAUCGAAAGCAGAUUUUUCAAAGCUUUGGAAUGCUCUCCCUUAUGUGAGGUCUGCUCCUUCAUUGGAUAUUUUUUAAUCUACUCUGAAUUUUUUUUUUUUUUCUCUUUUGGAAACUUUUAAUUGUUGUUUUAUAGCGUAGUUUUGCUAUGCAUUAUGUACAGCACUUUGGAUCAAUUUGUAUUCUGUUAAAUGUGCUUGAUAAAUAAAGGUUGAUUGAUUUAGCGCUU